AUGUUCGCUGAUCUCACGCAAAUAGACGACUUCAAUAUAGGCAAAGUGAAAACAUUAAAUCAAGGGAUUUUCCCAGUUUCCUAUUCUCCGACUUUUUAUCAAGAGGUAAAAAAAACAAGACUUUUUGUCACAAUUAGAAAUUUUAGUGUAUGGAUAAUGACCUCUGUCAAACUAUAAUUCAACACGGCGAAGCGGUCGCGAUCGUCUGUUUGAAGCCGGAAAUUGUGGGCUGUGCAAAAGUGAUGUACGUCCGAAGUCUGGGAGGUUUCUUUGCACGAUUCAUAACUUUUGAUUAGAAUAAGGCUUACAGUGUCCCCAUUGCUGAGAGAAUCUGGAAUCGGCUCCAGAUUGCUGCAUUUUGUAGAGAUGAAGACAAGAGAGUAUAAACUUGACAAGAUUAUGCUGCAUGUUCAGGUUCAUCUUUAUAGUAAAAACAACUGGAAAAGUAAUGAUGGGUAAUUAAUUUUCAGGUUAGCAACCAAAUCGCGAUCGACUUCUACCAACGUCGGGGCUUUGUUCUCGUUGAAACCGUCAAAAAUUACUAUCGCCGCUGUCUGCCGGCCGAUGCCCAUUUGAUGAUCCGGCGUCUUCAAUAG